AUGUUUUCACUUAAUAUAUAUUUUAAGAAAUGUUUGGGUGUCAAAUCAAAAAUAAGAUAUCAAAAAUGGCAUCGAUAUUAUAGCACAGGAGAAUAUUCAUCAAGUGUUAGUCGUAUAUUUAAUAACAUAAAUAAUAAUUUAAAAAAAAAAAAUAAUAAAUCGACUGAGCAUGAAAAAUGUGAUAAGGUUGCCAUAAAGGAUAUAAAAGAUAUAUAUAGGCAAUAUGAUAGUGUAAUAAAAAAAAUGAAUUUUAGUAAAAUGAUGGGUAGGGAUUUAUCUUAUUGUAUGAAUAUAUUAUCAAAAAUAAACUAUUUUAAAGAACAUAUUUUUUGGAUAAAAUGUGCAAACAGAUUAACUAAAGGGUUUAUGAUACAUCGAAUAAAUACACAAAGUUAUUAUAUUAUUUCUAAUGCGUUAAGUAAAGGAAUGGUGCUAUAUGAUAGGGGUAUGAGUAUUGGAGAUGAGGUUGGUAUGUUUGAAGAAAUUGAACAUGUAAAAGUGAAAAAAGAAAGUGAAAUAAAAAAUAUAAUUGAAGGCGUCGAAUUUUCUCGUAUAAACUUUGAUGGAACAGUGAAGUUAAAUAGGGAACGAGGCAAAACAUAUUUGGAUAAAAAAAGUAAUAGUAAUAUAAAAAGGUAUCAUAAAAUAUAUGAUGAAAUAUCAAUACGAUUUUUAUACGAUGUAGAACGAUUGAAUAUAGAUGAAAUAAGUUGUAUCUUAAAUUUAUUUUCCAAAUUAAAUUUGAAUGAAUAUAAUUUAUUAUCAUAUUAUUUUUCGGAUUAUUUUGUUAUGACUUUUUUAAAAGAUAAGCUAAAUUUUGAAAAAUAUACACAAAUAUGUUUAAAUAAAGAAAAUAAUAAAAUGUGUUAUAGUGAAACAAAUCAAGAAGAUAUCGAAAAAACAAAAAAUAUAUGUUUUAUAGAAAAAUAUGAUAUAUCAAAAUUAAUAAUUAUUUUACAUUCUUUAGUUAAUUCUCAUGUUACACAUGUAGAAUUUCUAUAUAUUUGUUGUUAUUAUUUUAAUAAAAAUUUUGAAUAUUUAAAUAAUAUUGAUAUAUGUAAUAUAUUAUAUAGCUUUGGAAAAAAUAGUGAUUGGUUGCUUAAAAAAAAGUAUAAAAAAUAUAUUUUUUUAAAACGAAUAACCGAUAAGCAAUAUGUAUCGUAUAUUAGAAAUAUUGUAGACGGUAUUAAGCAGUAUGAAAAGUUUUAUAGUAGUAAUAAAAAAUGUGGAGGUGAAAAUUUAUGCAAUAUUGAAAAGUUAUAUUUCAAUAAUGAACAGAUAGAUAAUGGGGAUUCAUCAUAUUUUAUUAACAAGAUAUGUGAAAAAGGAGAAAUAUAUUAUUCUUCUCUCUUGACAAAAAUAUUAAAACAUAUACAAAAAGAAAAGGUCUUAAAUAAAUUUAGUUGCAUCCAAAUAUCAUCAAUAGUAUUAUCACUUAUAAAAUUAAAAAUAAAUUCGCUAAAUAUUUUUCAUAGUUUUAAUUAUAAAGUUAUUGAAAUGUGGAAAGAUUUUUCUUUAAGAUGUAUUGCUGAUUAUUUAUAUUCAAAGUAUGAAAUAAAUUUGAGUAAUGAUUAUGUCCUUUUUUUAUUAUUUUAUAAAUUUGUUCAAAUAAUUUUUCAUAAAUAUAUGGAAGAAUUUGAAAAAAUAUAUUCCAAGCAUGGCAAGCAUAUUAAUAGUAUAAAACAAAGUAAAGAAGGUAUAUAUUUUUUUCAGAGAAAUUAUAAAAAAUUAAAAAUAUUAAAUACUAGAGAUUGCUUACUAAUUGUUAGAAUAUUCCAGUCUUUUUGCAAAGGUGAUACAAAAAAUAGUUCAUUGAAAAAUCAGGAUUUCAAAACUUGCUAUGAUCAUUUAUAUUGUCUUGAAUAUGCACUUAUGUUAUAUAAAAGUAAGGAAAAACAAAAACAAAUAAAAAAGUCAGUUUUUAUGGGAAAAAAUUUUAAUAUUAGUGAUGGUGAAAAUAAUAGAAGCAAUAAAGAGGAGUGCUUUUGGAGCGAAUUGGAAUCAUCUAGUAACUCAUCUAUUCCCUUACUUGACAACUUUGAUAAAAAAUAUGAGACAGUUAAAAGAUUAUCAUUUAGGACAUUAUGUCUUUCUCUUUUUCAACAUUUGGACAUUUUUCCAUUUGAAUAUAAAUGUUUAAUUUCCUAUUUUUCAAUAAAUAUUUCGGAUUAUUUUUAUUUGGUAAAUUAUGAAGGUGAUGGAAAAAAAAUAAAUAACCAUCUUUCGUUUUAUGAAAAUGAAAAUACUCAAAAAAAUGAAGAUUACAAUUAUUGUAUAAACAAAAACACCAAAAUGGAUCAUUGCCCCAAGGUGAAAAUACCCAACUUUGAAGUAUCUCGGCUGUGCAUGUCUUUUAGUUCAAGGAUGUUGUUUCACGUUUUAAACGAAAUGAAAUAUGAGACGUUAAAUGAAGUUACACUUAGACAGAUAUACACAUGCAUUUUAUGUUUGCAUUUGAACAUAAUUAAUAUAUGGGAUUUAGCAAAAAUAAAAUUAAAAAAUGAAAAAAAAAAAUAUUUGUUACUACUUGGUAAUGUAAUUUUACAAGAGUAUUGCAAAAACGAUUUGAAAUAUUUAGAUUUAUAUAAGAAAAAUAUAAAUACCAUUUUAAUGAGCACAAAGGAAAUACCUAAUUGCACAAUAUUCCAUUUUAUCUCAUUAAAUAUUCUUAAAAAGAUUGCCGUAUUUUUGGAUCAUGCAAUGGAAAAGAAUUAUCAACAAAAUGAAAUAUCCAUAACAUCAAAAAUGCAUAAUGACAUAUCAAGCUUUUUGAGGGCAUUCAUCAGCAAUAUGAAUGAGAAACAAAAGAAAAAGAUAAAGCAAAGGAAUGAAGUUAUAGUGGGUCCAUUUGUCUUAGAUUGUAUUUUAGAAUAA